AUGGCACCCAACGACUACCAUCUUCUUAGCCAGUACUCGGACGAACAUGAAUCUGCUCAUGAUGAACCAGGUCUCGUUGAGUUUGAGUUGAGCGCGAUAAGUGACGAAAAGCCGCCGGCUUUCACAACGUCUCGUCCGAUAGCAGAGCGAUGGAUGCGGGCCGCGACAGGCUUCGUGGGGUUCCUUAAGCCGAGUUUCCUGUUGGCCGAAAGUCAUGCGGAAAAGAGAGUCGAUGGCAGUCUCGCAGCUUUGGACGGUCUACGUGGGUUAGCAUGCCUGUGCGUGCUCAACCAGCACACUACGCAAGUUUUCACGGAGCGGCUGUAUAAGUAUGGUUACAAAACAGCUCCGACGGAUGUCUACUUUCCUCAGUGGCCAUUCGUCAGGAUUUUGUGGACAGGAUCAGCACAGGUUUUCACGUUUUUCGUGCUGUCGGGCUACGUAUUAUCGGUCAAGCCGCUCAAGCAAAUGCGAAACCAAGACCUGUCCGUACUCAAAACGCUGAGCUCGUCUGUGUUCAGGCGCGGCAUGCGACUUUUUCUGCCGUCAAUCGCGGUACUCAUCAUUGUCGCACUUGUGACACUGCUGGGUCUCUAUAAGCUUACCGCUGAAGCUUCGCGUCGCGGUCUUAUUGCAGUCCCGGAGACCUUUGAUCUCUCAGCAUUAACAGCUGACCAGACGACAAACGCCCUUCAGCAAGAUAUCUUGGGUAUGACGAACUUCUUCAACGUCAACGGGUAUGUGCCUAUUCUGCAGCGGAAUUUGUGGACAAUCAAUGCCGAGUUUCGAGGCUCGAUGUUGCUGUUCCUCUUCCAGAUAGGAACAACUCGCCUACAGGGCUGGGUUCGGGCCAUGAUCAGCUUCGGUAUGGUGGUCAUGCUUGGCUACCUGCGAUGCACCCACACUUUGCUCUUCUUUUGCGGUACGCUGCUUGCUGAGCUGGACCUGAUCUACCAGGACUUUCACUCACGAACCACCACCUUACGAGCUGAUGAGAACGCUCUUACUCUCGAUGUGGAACCAGCAUGGCAUUGGGCUUCCCGAACGUCUCUUCAUGCACUAGUACUCAAGAUCACCCAUCCGAAGAAUCCAACAUUUCGGCUUUUCCAUCUUCUAUGCUUCAUAUUCGCCGUCUACAUCAUGUGCGUUCCCUUUUUCGACGCCCAUGGCCCGGGUUACAGUACACUCACCACGUACCUGACGCCUUUCUGGUUUCACGCCGACUCCGAAGCUUAUGCGCUCUGGACAUUGGGAUCCGUACUGCUAUUAUCCUCUGCUACACACUCCAUCGAUAUCCUGCCUCUGUACACGAACAGAUUUUCCCAGUACGUGGGGCGUAUUUCUUUUGCGCUGUACAUCAUUCAAGGUCCGGUUCUGCAAAUCGCCUGCUACGGCAUGCUGCCAAUACUGGAGGACAUCACAGCCCCGAUCGGCGGGCGGCAGACACAGCUUGGGUUCACGGCACAAUGGCUAAUGGCCGCAAUGAUCAGCUGGCCGAUCGUUGUAUAUAUGGCGGACUUGACGUGGCGUGCUCUAGACGUACCUAGUGUUGCUAUCAGUGCUCGCAACGCCGCAUUGACUGUGAUCGAGGCCAGCCAGCGCUUGCACGAACGAUCUGACGCCACCGACGAGGUGCACCGUGCCACAGACGUCGGCCGUAGCGAUUCGCUGAACGAUGAGACCCGGGUCUUUGCACAUGUGUGUGCGCCGGCAUACGCUUUGGAAGCCCUGGACGGAACGACGCUACACUUAUUGCAGCACUUUUCGAACAAGAUCGCUGCGGAGAUGACAGUCAUAGACGACGCGAGCAAUGGCUGGCGCUUCGCGGUCCUCCCCAAGGCUCACGAAGACAGCGUGGUGCGGUUCGCAGUUGUCGCAGCAGCGACUCUCCAUCUGCAGCCGCACGCCUGCUCGUCCGCCUCCAGUACUCAUCCAACUUACACACAGGCCUUGACCGAGCUCCGCAAACGACGUAAUCUGCAAGCACAGACUACCGACGGACAAAAAGCCGUGCUGCUCGCAUUGCUUGUGCUCUUGGCCAUUUCCAUGAUUCAAGGCUCUGCGGACUUCCGAGCAAUGCUGCACCUCAUCGAGACUGCCAUCACUGUAAUCGGCAGCGAAGAGGCUAUCUCCACGGACGAUCUCGGCACCUUCAUUAUCCGCCAGGUCCGAAAAUACCGUGGUUACGCAUCCCCAAUGCUCAGCCAAGCACAAGGCAUCUCCGUACUCAGCCAGACCACCCCUCAGGCUCCCAGUCGCAGCAAAGGCUGGGAAGACUUCAAGUCCUACUAUCAGAUCUACUCGCUCACAGACCGGUCCCUCUCCAUCAUGUAUUACCUCAAUGCUCUCGCUUGCGACAUGUACGUCCAUCGGGCCCAGCGUGGCUGCGGCGGCCGCGGCUUCCAUGAGCAAGUCGAGCUCGUCCGGCAGCAUCUGGACUCCCUCCCCAGCAACUCCCUGUGCGAGCACGCGCUGAUCUGGCCAACGUUCAUUGCUGCACUGGAGAGUGACACACCCAGCCAUAGGGACUAUUUCCGCCGCGCACUGCAGCGCCAUCAUGUGAGGAAUGGGUUUAAGAACAUUCUGGUGGCGUUGGAGUAUCUGGAGGGACGAUGGGCCGAGGAUGGGGUUGAGGUCGAUUGGACGCGGAGUCUGCCUAAAUUGGGAGCUUUUGUGGUUUAA